AGACUUUCGCCAACUUCCUCAUAUACACCCUUGACCGCAGAUCAAGCCUUCCAUGUCCUCGCUGAGUUUGCGCUUUUGCAUAACCUGGGUAGCCAAUUCCCUAUCGCGCUUAUGACUGCCAUAACACUCCCGACACAUGAACACUAUGGCUCGACUGUCCAACUUCCGCUUCCAAGAUCAUUCGGUGGUAAACAGCCCACUCCGAUGGAGGCCAUUCCAGCAAUGUGGUCUAGUCUCAAUGAAGAGCUGCCAUAUUACAUGACCUUGAGUUGUAGCCCGGAAGUAGUGAUGUCUACUCUUUGUGGCUCAUUCUGGGAACCCAAAGUCCCGUGCAAUCUCGUCGCUCCGUGGCUGCAUCCACUUUUCAAUGAGAUACUACAACAAGAUGAGAAGUCACCCACGGUUGGCGACUAUUACGAAACCCUUGCUUUGAUCGGAGCAAUACGUCGACCAAAUAUAGGUGCUCUUUGGAUUGGAGCAGUUGCAGGCGGACUAGCACCAAAAAUCGGUAAAAAAGUGAAAACAGUCCAUCCACCCCUCGACGCAGUUUUCUUUCCCUGGACUGGCUGUCUCCAGACCUUCAUGGAUCUUCCAGGUUCAGGUCCGUACACACAGACGUAUGGCGAUUAUUACACCUUCCUCAGACAGAAGAUGACGAGCUAUUCUUCAGAACAAGGCCUGGAACACCUUGGGGACCCCGGGGGUCAUCCUCACCGAGGGACUAUGCCCUUCGAGUCACUUCCCACUUGA